AUGAAUACGCUCCGCGAAUGGUCCCCACUGGUGGAGCUGGUUAACAAAAUUCCAUCCUCCGUGCAGCGCGGUCUGCUCUUCCACGAUGUGUCCAUCACUUGCAUCGACCUGGUGGAGGAAUUCAUCGCUCUCGGCAGUAACGUUGGUCUGGUAUUUUGGUACAAUCGAAAAAGCGGUUCGAUCGAAAGAUUAGCAACGGACGGUGGGUCCCAGGAGCUCUCCUGUGUGCGGAUUGCAUCAACGGUCGAGUACAUGGUGGCUGCCGGUUGCCGUGCCGGACAGGUUAACAUUUUUCAGAUCCCGAAAACUCCACCACCGGAUGUGUGCGCAGAGCUGCUACUUAAGGCCAAACCCAUCGAACGAUACACGGUUCGAGGAUUGCAUCGGGCGGGUGUGUGUGAGCUAGUGUGGUCGAAGAACGGUAUGCGAUUGUUCUCCGGGGAUACAGGAGGUGCUGUGGUGCUGACCGAGAUCGGAUAUGCCUCAAAAACAUGCCAAUCGCGUGAAAUUAUCAACGAACGGUACGAAAUAGUACAGAUGGAUUUAUACCGAAGCAAGCUGUUGGUGUCGAGUUCCUUUCGAACGGUAAUCUGUAGCCCGGAGGAGGAGGAAGGUGGACAACGGUGGCGGGUAGCACAGGUCGGCAAAAAGGAUCGCAAAAUGUUGGCCCCAUUUGGAGCCGUUUUUGCAUCGGUUCAUGGCAAACAGCAAAUCGUCUCGACGCGUUCCGGCUUUCGGUUGUGGCUGGCUGACGAUGAAGGCAACGUUGCACAAACGCUCAUAUUUAAAGAACUGAUGCGUGCAUCCUGCCCGGAGAUAGGAUUGCUCAAUCCCAGUCGCAAUCCGAUCCGGAUACCUACAACCUUCGGCAAACUGUACCCAUUCGAGGGUCAUCGAAUGGUGUCGGUCGCUAAUGGAGCCCUGUUUCUGCUCGAUAUUGAACGGAUGGCAGUUGUGGGGAGUCUGACACGCCUUCGCCACAUCCUCGACGUGGCAGUCGAUCGUAACGAAAUACUAAUCCUAGAGAGCGCCCGAUCAUUAGUACGGAUUGCUACCCUACCGGAUAGUAGCCAGUCUACGAUUGUGCUGAAAAACUUGGAACUGUUCGUCAGUGCGGAGUCUCAGAUUGUGCAAGCGGAUGAGUGCCGUGAGGAAGCGCCGGUCGAACUGUUUGUACGGAACGGGGAAUCUCCCGGCAGUUCGCUAUCCUGUGAUGAUCGGGCCGACUCGGCGGAUGGCGGUGGAGUCGAUAACGAUGCACGGCUUAUCGACAGUCAUAUGAAAAAGUUGGAACUGUUCGACACCCUGAACGAGCUGAAGUACGACGAAUCGAUUCUGUUCAAGAGUGGUCGAAGCCGGCGGAAACAUCGCUCGAAGGUGAAUCCAAUCGUUGAGAUAGGGCAGAUCCCGAAAGAGAUUGAGCCGGAAGGUGGAGAACCGUCCGGUAGCUAG